GAAGAGACGACAAAGUGACAAACACUUUAGGGUGGUGUGUAUGGAAAUCAUACAGAAAAGAAGAUAAAGCAAGCGUUGACUUGCACUAGAGGCAGGCAGGCAGAGAUGAAAGAGUACGUCGGAAUGGUGGGUGUGCAGGUGGCACAGGUGGUACUGAUGAUAGUCAGCAAGUCAGCCAUUGCUGAUGGCAUGUCAAACUACUCUUUCAUCUUCUACUCAAACGCACUCGCUUCCCUUAUCCUUCUUCCCCCUUCUCUCAUCUUUCACAGGUCCCCAAAUCGGCCUCCACUUAGCUACAUGAUCAUUUGUGGAUUUUUCAUUAUUGGUCUUCUUGGUUUCUUGGCACAGGUAUUUGGUUAUUCUGGUAUUUCAUUUUCUUCUGCUACUCUAGCGACAACUUUGCUCAAUCUCAUCCCUGGUUUUACCUUCAUACUUGCCAUAUUGUUCGGGUUGGAAGCAGUCAACAGUGGUAAGAAUACCACACAUGCAAAAUUCAUCGGCACUAUAGUGUCAAUUGCAGGGGCUAUCAUUGUGACUCUUUACAAGGGCCCCACGCUUUUAUCAUCUCCUUUAAAAUCAGAAAACCUAAAGAAUCUUCUCGUGCAACCAUCAAACUGGGUUCUUGGAGGAAUCUUUUUGGCAAUCGAUGCCUUUUUUGCCUCCAUGUAUAUCAUUGCUCAGGCACUUGUCCUUAAGAAAUACCCUGCAGUGAUGAUUGUGAUGUUCUCUUACUGCUUCGUCUGCACUAUUUUAUCAGGUCUAGUUUCUUUGAUUGCGGAAGAUGACCUGAGUAGUUUCAGUUUAAAGCCCAAGAAGAGGUUGUUUUCCAUUCUCUACUCAGGUAUUUUUGGUUCUGCUUUUCAAGUCACGGUUCAAGCAUGGUGUGUACGAAGGAGAGGACCAGUUUUUGUUGCUAUGUUUCAUCCAAUAGGAAUUGUUAUUUCUACCCUCAUCGGUGUCAUCAUGUUAGGCGAUGGUUUCUAUCUUGGAAGCUUAUUUGGAUCAAUUGUUGUUGUGGUUGGGUUUUAUACUGUGAUGUGGGGAAAAGCCAAGGAAGAAAAGAUUGUGAUAUCUUCAACAUUGGACUAUGAAAGGGCUGCUCUGUUAGAAGGUGUUGUUGAGGAGCAAACCACGUCGUCUUCAUCAUAAACCUCAUUAUCGAGUGAUUUUUCAAAGUUGAAAGGGAAACAAACCUCAUCCCUAAUUCUUUUAAAGCUAUUUCCGUUUCAGAUUCAUUUUUAGGCAGUUCCUCUAUUGGGUAAAGGGCAACAGAUCUUUUGUUAUCUUUCAUUUGUGUUUAUUGGUCAAAGUCAAAGUGUCAAACUAUGUAAUGUAAUUAAUGUAUAAAAUGCACUUCUAUUAUCUUGA